AUGGAGUACUUCGAUUUUGAUAGGGCUUCAUAUGGCUCCCACUCCCAGGCCCAGGAUGACGAUGUGGCUUCAGACCAUAUCGAGGUGGACGGAAACGAAGUUACUGCCAACUGCGACUCGCUUGCUCAGGAACAGUCACUCGAGUUUCCCAAUGAUCUACCAGAACAGGAUGAGCCGCAACAGGUGAACGACAUCGCAGGCUCUGCUCUGGAAAGAGAAGCAUUUCCCAUGUCUCGGGCCAAAGACCCAUGCGAUUUCUGUAGGCGGAUGGGCUUUGAUUGUUUCGUGGCAAACAGGGGAGUGAUGCAGAAUGGUUGUACGUGCUGCAUCUCUCUCUACCGCCAAUGCAGCUUCACCCACGCCAAAAAACCGGGCAAGUUCCUGGAUACGUUACACACGGUCACUGAGAAUGUCGACAUCCCCACUGGCGGUCUGACGGGAAAGAAAGCACUCAAGUCCCUUCCCGGAGCAACUUUUUCUGAGGAUCUCGAUUCUCAAGGGAGGAAAAGCAGUUCUCGGUUAUCGCGCGAGGCGGUCCGUAUCCUAAAAACCUGGCUCUAUGAGCACAGCCAGCAUCCCUAUCCAACAGAGCAAGAAAAAGACGAACUAGAGCAGCGUACUGGCCUGAAGAGGGCACAGGUCAGUAAUUGGCUCGCCAAUGCUAGACGACGCGGCAAAGUUCGCCCCACCCCGCGCAGCAGUUCCCCGGUCCCAGGUGCUGUCGAUAUACCAGCGCGACAACAGCAUCCGGAUGUAUCUCUCAUGACACCUUUGGAACGUUGGAAGCAUUCCCCACCUGAGAACGAACCUGCUGCCACCUCCGAUAUUCUCCGAGCUUUGGUCAAUACAUCAUUCGAUUCUGCCAAACCACGAUCGUCGCAUCUGAGUCACGUGCGCUCCCUCUCUCGGAAGACUGGGUCUAGCAAUGACUCAAGCCAGACGAACUCGAAUAUGCUCCAGCCCCCUUCGGUCAGUAGCUUCGAGACCAGUCGGUCUUCCCUCUCUGACUUCUCCUUUGCCUCUGCAUUCUCCCAUCGAUCUUCCAAAGGAUCCUUUGGUUCAAUGGACAAAAAGGAACAACGUCGUCGUCGGCGUAAGCCCUCCGUUCCAGUGAAUGCCUUCAACCAACAGAAGGCUCGCAGUUCCCGAAUAUUCCAAUGCACCUUUUGUACCGACUCCUUCCCUACCAAGUAUGACUGGCAGCGGCAUGAGAAGUCACUGCACUUGGCCUUAGACAAAUGGACCUGCUCCCCCUUAGGGGGUGUAGUUUCUGUUCAGGGCAUAAACCGAUGUGUGUUCUGCAUGGCGGCCGAUCCAGACAACGAUCACCUGGAAACCCAUAACUAUAGUACCUGCCAGGAGAAAACACUUCAAGAGAGAACAUUCUACCGGAAGGACCAUCUCAACCAGCACCUGCGAUUGAUGCACAACGUCAAGUUUCAUCCUUCCAUGGAUAAUUGGCAAAGUGGUACGACAGAGAUCAAGUCACGGUGUGGGUUCUGUGCAACAAACCUCACUACCUGGAAGGAACGGGUUGAACAUCUAGCAGCUCAUUUUAAGGAUGGCGCCAACAUGGCUCAGUGGCAGGGCGACUGGGGGUUCGAACCCUUUGUUCAAAGUCUGGUAGAGAAUGCGAUGCCACCGUACCUAAUCGACCAAGAGUACAAGACGUUGGCACCCUUUAAACCAUCGCAUGCCAUAAGACAGCCAUGUGAUAUUCCAAAAAACCCUGCAUUUGGCAUAGAGGUACCUCACGAUGCGGACUGCUUCGACCGUUUACAGCGCCAGCUCACUUCUUUUAUAAAUGAUCAUGUCGCAAUGGGCAUCAUUCCGACCGAUAAGAUGAUCCAAGACGAAGCCCGAAAGGUCAUAUAUGGAAACGAUGACCCCUGGAACCAAACUUGUGCCGAUAAUCCCGUCUGGUUAAGUAUCCUCAAACGCGAUACUGGGUUAGAGAUUGUCCCAAACUCCGAUCAUAUUCAAUUCGAUAAUUUGGGCAUGCAACCGCCAUUUGCUGUCCAUGGUGGUUUGCGACGACCGCCUAUCGAGACCAAUCCUAUAGCAAGGUCGGUGUGCUCUGAUCAGUUGUAUAGCCAUGGUUUCCAUAGCUCUGGCUACCAAAGCCCUGCAUUGCCAGGGACCGGACGGUCCUCUGCGGCACCUAGCAUGCCCGGGAGCUCGACUGGCAGUUAUGUUGGCAGUGCUGGAGUUUUUCCCACUUUGCCUGCUUCUGGUCUGUCCACCGACCGGGGAAGCAGUCUUUCGGCUGGGUUCUUGUCACUAUCAACACCGGCUAGCAGUUCCGUUGAUCCGUUGAUCCAGAUGGGAUUUGAUCCUGUUUUCCUGCAGCAUCUGAACGAGGGCUAUGAUGCGCUGAACCCAGAUGCCAUGGAAGGGUUGACCUUCGAAGAGGGUGGUGGGCACGAGGGUGGACAAGACGACGUGGGAAAGAUGCCAGACUCGAUAGUUCCUGGGUCGGCGCCAAUUAGUAUCCCAAGUCCAAAAUAUACUGGAUUCUUGGGUUCGGAACCGACGCAAGACCUGAGGCCAUUUUCGAAUGCGGAUUAUCCCGAUCCGAGUGGCACCUGA